GUGUGAUUGAUACAAGUAUUGGCCUACCUAUGUGUUUAAACUGUCAGUUGUACUAUUUUGCGAAGAAACAUGCACACUCUGAUGAAAGCAGCUAUUCUGAUGUUGCUCUCCUAUGGGGCAUCAUUGUGCGAUGGUUACACCAGUACAGAUAGAGUGGCGGACAUUAAUGAUUGUUCUCCGAACCCUUGCAAGAAUGGCGGGACGUGUACAGAUGGUGUAAAUAGUCACAUGUGUUCGUGUAUGGCCGGGUUUACGGGGCCAGAUUGUGAGACGAACAUUGAUGACUGCUUUCCUGACGCGUGCAAACACGGAGGGACGUGUACUGAUGGUGUAAACAAUUACACGUGUUCGUGUGGUCGCAGAUACACGGGUACUAUCUGCAGUCAGGACAUUGAUGAUUGUUCUCCGAACCCUUGCAAGAAUGGCGGGACGUGUACAGAUGGGGUAAACAGUCACAUGUGUUCCUGUAUUGCCGGGUACGGGGCCAGUUGUGAGACGAACAUUGAUGACUGCUUUUCUGAGGCUUGCAAACACGGAGGGACGUGUACUGAUGGUGUAAACAAUUACACGUCGUGUGUCGCAGGAUUCACAGGUACUAUCUGCAGUCAGGACAUUGAUGAUUGUUCUCCGAACUCUUGCAAGAAUGGCGGGACGUGUACAGAUGGUGUAAACAGUCACAUGUGUUCGUGUAUGGCCGGGUUUACGGGGCCAGAUUGUGAGACGAACAUUGAUGACUGCUUUCCUGACGCGUGCAAGCACGGAGGGAAGUGUACUGAUGGUAUCAGUGGUUUCAAGUGUGCCUUUCUAAUGAUUUUCGCGGAGAUCGCUGUGAAAAGCGCCCUAGACUGUGAUUUUGAGCACGGCAAUUGUGGGUACACCCCAAUUCCAGGCUCUGGGUUUCUCCAUAUGCAAUGGGAGAUCGGCCCUGUAUUCAAGGAAGGUUGGACUGGAGGUUACACGAUUUCAAAAGAUGGACCUAAAGCUGACCAUACCCUCGGCACAAAAACAGGUCACAUGAUGUAUGCAAGGAGCGUGAUCACUUCUCAAAACAUCGCCAUGAUAAAAUCACCCGUGAAGACAUUCCAGCUGUGUUACCUCAACUUUUUCUACCACAUGGGAUCGACAAGCUUAGGCUUCCUCAACGUCUCCAUUGUGUCUCAAACUGGAAGAGAACUUCAGGGGAACACGGUUUUCUCCCUUUACGGAUCUCAGGGCGCCACUUGGCAGAGGGCGAGGAUAUCAAUUGAACACGCAACGAGAGUUGUCCCUUACUUGGUACGCUUUGAUUAA